AUGAACUACAAGCGUCAGAAGGCCCCGGCUUUGGCGCCAGCCCUCUCACCCGAGGACGCCGACCUCCCUGGGGGCCAACACCUGCCCCUGUACAAUCUCACCUCAAUCCGACUAGAGCUCCUGUGCUGGCCCGUUUCCCUCAUCUGCCUGGUCCUAGUGCUACCGAUGUCCAACAACCUACCCCCGAUCAGCCCCAGCGUGGAGCCCGCCGCGCUAGCCCGCCACUACGCGGCGCACGAGGACGGCUUCCGGGCGGGGGUUGUCCUUACCCUCCUGUCCGGGGCCAACUACCCAUUCUACGGGAUCGGGGUCAGCAACAUUUUAGUCCGUAUCCCCGGGGUGAAUCCGGUCAUGGUGAUGACGCAGGCGGCGGCGGGGGUUGUGGUGGGUGCGUGCUUCAUGUUCUGCGGCAUCUUCCUGGCGCCCAUCAGCUUCCGCCCAGACCGCGACCCUGCCCUGAUCCAGCUCCUCAGCGAUCUGGGCUGGCUGUUCUACAUGCUGUUUCUCCCCGUCAUGUACGUGCAGGACUUCUUGAUCACCUCCCUCAUUUUCUCGGACCGCCGCCCGAUUCCGCUCGUGCCGCGCUGGCUAGCCUGGGUCAACUGUGUCCUCCCUCUGGGCUGGUUCGGCGGCUUCGGCGUCCACUUUGUGCAUUCCGGCCCCUUUGCGUGGAACGGCGCCAUCAGCUUCUGGCUGGCGAGUGCCUCCUACGCCGUUCAGAUUGCUACUAAUCUGCCCGUCUUGUGGAUUGCGGCGGGAAAGAUCCCGCCUGGGGGGUUGAUGACUGUUGAAGGCGCUCAGAGCACUUUCUAG